AUGACAGGAGGAGCCCCGCAAAUCGUGGCCAUGCAACCCGAAACUAGCUCGACUCAGCCUGCCGGACGUGACGUCGGCCUCAUCUUCGACCUCGCUCCGCUCGCCCUCCUCAUCCUCUCGCCCACAUGGCGCAUCGAAAGGGCGUCAGCUCGCUUCCUCUCCGACUGGCACGUGUCUACCAACGACUGCAUUGGCCAGUCUCUACUCCCCUUUCUCGAGAAGCAGCUCCGCCCGUUACGGCCCACGCAUCUUGCUCACGUCACCGCCUUCAUUGACGAUGCUAUCGCCGCCCGUGCCGAGCGUACCACUAACCCCUUCAAUACAUCCCACAACGUCUCCUGGCACGCCCGCGUGGUGCCCGUCUUUAGCGACCAUGAGCUGCUGUCAAUAUUUCUUGAGUGGCACCAAGGCCCCCUGACAGUGACCGAGGACGACCUGGUCAAACCAGGCUUCUUGACCGACGAGGCCUUCCGCAUCCUAGUGGAUGGUGUCAAGGACUACGCCAUCUUCCUCCUGGACACAAAGGGCUACAUUGCGACCUGGAACCAGGGGGCCCAGUUACUCAAGGGAUACGAGCGCGAUGAAAUCAUCGGCAAACAUUUUUCCAUCUUUUACAGCAAGGGGGACAUCGACAUUAAAAAGCCCGAAAUGGAACUCGAGAUCUGCAUGCGAGAGGGCCGCGUCGAGGACGAGGGGUGGCGGUAUAGGAAGGACGGCAGCCGCUUCUGGGCUAACGUCAUCAUCACGGCCGUCUACAAGAAUGGCGUCCACGUCGGCUUCGGCAAGGUCACGCGCGAUCUGUCGGAGCGCAAAUCGGCCGAGUCCCGCCUUAUUGCCGCCUACGAGGAGAGCGAGAAGCUCAAGUCGGACUUCCUCGCUAACAUGAGCCACGAGAUCCGGACUCCCAUGCACGGCAUGCUGUCGGCCUGCACUCUGCUGCUCGAUACGCCGCUCUCAACCAGACAGCGCGACAUUGUUGGCAUUAUGGACGAGUCUGGAGAGGUCCUGCUGCAGAUCAUCAACGACAUCCUGGACUACUCAAAACUAGCUUCCGGUACCUUUUCAAUACAUUCCGACAUCGUCGGGGUAACGAGCAUCAUCACGUCGGUCGUUCGCGGCGCGCAGACCACGCUGCCGCCUUCGGUUCUUUUUGAAGUAUUCCUGGCACCCGACCUUCCCAAGUCUGUACAGGGCGACCCGUUGCGAUAUCGCCAGAUCCUGCAGAACAUCGUAGGAAAUGCCGCCAAAUUCACGGAAAAGGGCAGCAUCCGAGUUAAGGCGUCGGUGCAGAGCGAGGACGUGGAUAGCUAUACCGUGCUUACCGAGGUUACUGAUACAGGCAUUGGCGUCCCGAAAGAGGGCGCCCCCAGCCUUUUCACGCCCUUUAUGCAGUUCGACACGACGACCACCAAGCAAUACAAGGGCACCGGGCUAGGGUUGUCGAUCGCGAAAUCGCUUACCGAGUUGAUGGGCGGUAGAAUCGGCUACCGACCGAACCCGGAUGGCCACGGGAGCGUCUUUUGGUUCACCGCACGUUUCAAAAAGAUCAAGAGUUUGGAGAAGAUGCAUGAUUGGAAGAACCCCAUCACCGUAACCGAAAGAGUUGCAACACCAGUUCCAAGUUCCGACUUGGAAGAGUUGCAGAAGGAGCUCAAGAUAGUCUCCUCUAUCAAAAACCUACUGGUAGUGGAAGACAACCUGAUCAAUCAGAAGGUUAUGCUGGGCAUGUUGCGGUCUAUCGGCUUUAAAAACGUCGGCCUAGCGUCCAACGGUGCAGAGGCCGUCAAAAUUGUGCGCGGCAAGCCGGCCGCAUACGAUGCCGUGCUCAUGGACAUCAAUAUGCCCAUCAUGGACGGCUUCGCAGCGACCAGAGACAUCCGAGCCGCCGGCAUCUACGUCCCCAUCGUCGCCAUGACGGCCUAUGCAUUAAAGGGCGACAAGGAGCGCUGCCUUGAGAGCGGAAUGAACGACUAUAUUGCCAAACCCGUUAAUAAGGAGCGCCUGAUCAAAGUCCUUGGGAAAUGGUUGCUGAGGAUGGUGGAUUAUCGAAAGAACUUCGAGGAGCGUCUCGCUGCAACGAGGCGAGACGGGGGUGCGGGCCUACUUGCCACCACGCCUGUCGCGACACCUGCCGCCACGCCCUCCGAGGAGCCGGGGUAUUUUCCAGUCCAAACCGCCGACGGGGCCGCAGCUCCAGAGGCAGGUAACGGGGCCGCUCUAGCCCUUCCAGUCAUGACAAAGUAA